GUGACUGUGAGGCAGGGCCAGCUCGUGCGGCUGAGCUGUAGGACACAGGGAUGGCGCACAGGAGGCACACUGGACAGGUGGCCGGUCACCUGCUGUGCUCCCACCCCACAGACCAGGGGGCCCCCAUAUGUGGGGUCUUUCAGGGGAGUGAGCCCAUGGCCCCAGGAACGGGAGAUGUACAGGGGGACUGGGAAGUUCCAGGAGGGGUGGCUCUGGCGACACUGGCUGUCUCUGAGUUGUUUUUCUGCAACCAGGGAUCCCUGGGGCUCUUGGCUGGAGAGGACACUUGGGAGGCCAGAGGCCUGGCCUGGGAGGCUUUGUGCUCUGUCCACUCAGCCUAUGCCAAGGAGGCAGGGACUCAGGCCAGUGGAGGCGGGGAAGGGAGGGUCCGUUCUGGGUCCUCCUUCAGCAGCAGCACCUCAGGCGGGUGGCAGUGUGUGUGGAGGUCCGUCUGCUGUGCUGUUCAUGGUGCUGGUGGGAGUGACCCCGUCCCCCGCCACCGAGAGGCUGCCUGGGAGGGACCAGGGCCACGGCUGGCAGCUGGGCAGUUCAGUCGUCAGCAGUGAUGAGCAGCCAGGAGAGCGUGAGGGGCAGCCCGAGGCAGGGCCCAGAAUGGGUGGGCAGAGGCGGCAGAAAAGUCCUGCGCAUCUGGUUCGGCAAGAUGUCGGUGAAGGAGGGCGCCCAGCGCAAGUGGGCGGCACUGAAGGAGAGGCUGGGGCCGCAGGACUCGGACCCCACGGAGGCCAACCUGGAGAACGCCGACCCCGAGCUGUGCAUCCGGCUCCUGCAGAUGCCCUCUGUGGUCAACUACUCGGGCCUGCGCAAGCGCCUAGAGAGCAGUGACGGCGGCUGGAUGGUGCAGUUCCUGGAGCAGAGCGGCCUGGACCUUCUGCUUGAGGCCCUGGCGCGCCUGUCGGGCCGCGGUGUGGCCCGCAUCGCCGACGCCCUGCUGCAGCUCACCUGCAUCAGCUGCGUGCGUGCCGUCAUGAACUCGCAGGAGGGCAUCCGGUACAUCCUCAGCAACCAGGCCUACGUGCGCCAGCUCUCCCAGGCUCUGGACACGUCCAACGUAAUGGUCAAGAAGCAGGUGUUUGAGCUGCUGGCCGCCCUGUGCAUCUACUCGCCUGAGGGCCACGCCUUGACCCUGGACGCCCUGGACCAUUACAAGACGGUGUGCAGCCAGCAAUACCGCUUCAGCGUCAUCAUGAGCGAGCUCUCAGACAGUGACAACGUACCCUACGUGGUCACCCUGCUCAGCGUCAUCAACGCCGUCAUCCUGGGUCCCGAGGACAUCCGUGCCCGCACCCAGCUGCGCAGCGAGUUCAUUGGGCUGCAGCUGCUGGACGUCCUGACACGGCUGCGAGACCUGGAGGACGGGGACCUGCUGAUCCAGCUCGAGACCUUCAGGGAGGCCAAGGCCGAGGACGAAGAGGAGCUGCUGCGAGUCUUCGGAGGCACAGACAUCAACAGCCACCAGGAGGUCUUUGCCGCCCUCUUCCACAAGGUGAGCUGCUCCCCAGCAUCCGCACACCUGCUGUCCGUGCUGCAGGGCCUCCUGCACCUAGAGCCCACCCUCCGCUCCAGCCAGCUGCUCUGGGAGGCCCUGGAGAACCUGGUGAACCGGGCAGUGCUUCUGGCCAGUGACACCCAGGAGUGCACCCUGGAGGAGAUGGUCGAGCGGCUCCUGUCCCUCAAGGCGCGGCCCCGCCCACGUUCCCUGGACAAGGCCCACAAGAGCAUCCAGGUUGACCUGGGCCAGAGUCACAGGGACAGCUCCCCCCAAAACACUGGUGCACCGAAGGCAGGUGUGGAGGGCCCGCAGCCGGUGGCGGCCCCCGUCAGCCUGCCCGCUGCCGACGUCCAGAGCGAAAGCAACGUGAUGGCCCCGCAGCCGACAGCCCCAGAGCAGCAGGAGCCCACCCCACUCCCACCUGUGCCCCACCUCCCUGGUUCCACUUCCGGCUCCCUUCAUCCUCCCCCUCCACCCCCACCUCCCCCACCGCCACCUCCCCCACCCCUGCCGGGCCUGGGGGCUGCAUUCACCCGACCCCCACCCCCCCCAUUGCUUGUCUCUAGUGAGGCCAUACCCCCCCCACCUCCACUCCCAGGCAUGGGGUGCCCACCCCCGCCCCCACCCCUGCCCAGCACCUCUGGGGCCCCUGGCAUGGAGGAGAUUAUUGUGGCCCAGGUGGACCACAGCCUGGGCUCUGCCAGGGUCCCCAGCCACAGGCGGGUGAACCCGCCCACUGUGCGCAUGAAGAAGCUGAACUGGCAGAAGCUGCCUUCCAGUGUGGCCCGAGAGUGCAGCUCCAUGUGGGCGUCGCUGAGCAGCUCGGACGCCGAGGUGGUAGAGCCCGACUUCUCCAGCAUCGAGCGGCUCUUCUCCUUCCCCACGGCCAAGCCCAAGGAGCAGGCAGCGGCCCCGGCCAGGAAGGAGCCCCGGGAGAUCACUUUUCUGGACUCCAAGAAAAGCCUGAACCUCAACAUCUUCCUGAAGCAGUUUAAAUGCUCCAAUGAGGAGGUCACCGCUAUGAUCCGGGCUGGAGACACCACCAAGUUUGACGUGGAGGUCCUCAGGCAGCUUCUCAAACUCCUUCCCGAGAAGAAUGAGAUUGAAAACCUGCGCUCCUUCACGGAGGAUCAGGCCCAGUUAGCCAGUGCCGACCAGUUCUACCUCCUCCUGCUGGGCAUCCCCUGCUACCAGCUUCGGGUCGAGUGCAUGCUGCUGUGUGAGGGCACGGCCGUCGUGCUGGACUUGGUGCGGCCCAAGGCCCAGCUGCUGCUGGCCGCCUGCAAGAGCCUGCUCACCAGCCACCGGCUGCCCGUCUUCUGCCAGCUGAUCCUGAAAAUCGGGAACUUCCUCAACUACGGCAGCCACACCGGUGACGCAGAUGGCUUCAAGAUCAGCACGCUGCUGAAGCUCACAGAGACCAAGUCCCAGCAGAGCCGUGUGACGCUGCUGCACCACGUGCUGGAGGAAGUGGAGGAAAGCCACCCCGACCUCCUGCAGCUGCCCCAGGACCUGGAGCUGCCCGCCCAGGCAGCAGGGAUCAACCUUGAGAUCAUCCGCUCAGAGUCCAGCACUAACCUGAAGAAGCUUCUGGAGAUGGAACGGAAGGUGUCCUCGUCUGUCCCGGAAGUGCAGGAGCAGUACACGCAGCGGCUGCAGGCCAGCGUCACGGCCUCCCGGGAGUUGGAGGAGGUGUUCCAGGCCAUCGAGCAGAAGCGGCUGGAGCUGGCCAGCUACCUGUGUGAGGACGCCCAGCAGCUGUCCCUGGAGGACACGUGCAGCACUAUGAAGACCUUCCGCGACCUCUUCAUCCGGGCUCUGAAGGAGAACAAGGACCGGAAGGAGCAGGCAGCCAAGGCUGAGAGGAGGAAGCAGCAGUUGGCGGCUGAGGAGGAGGCCCGGAGGCUGCGGGGCGAGGACGGGAAGCCUGUCAGGAAGGGAGGCGUGAAGCAGGAGGAGGUGUGUGUCAUCGACGCCCUGCUGGCUGACAUCCGGAAGGGCUUCCAGCUGCGGAAGACGGCCCGCGGCCGAGGGGACGCCGAGGGGCCCAGCAAGUCGGCUGCCGCAGGCCCCCCGAGGAGCAAGGCACCUGCAGCCACCAGUGAUCCCGUGAGGGGCCCCGGUCUCCCCACCUCUGAGCCUGGUCUUGACGCGGUAGCAGCUAGGGAGCCCCAGGGCUGGGACCUCGCAGAUGCAGCCCCCAGCAGCCCCCAGCCCACCGGAGACCCGUCAGAGAAGGGUGGUCCUGGGCCCCUGGAGAGGCGUUCUUCCUGGUACAUGGAUGCCAGCGACUUCCUGGCCACGGAGGACCCUCCGGGCCCCCCACCCACUGCAGGGGCCUGGCCAGUGGUGCUGGAAGACGCCCAGGCCCUGAAGCCCCUCAGCUUCUCCAGCAACAGGCCUGCCGGAGCUAUGGGUUCCAGCCAAGACAGCGAGGAGCCCACAGCCCCUCAGGGUGCCCGCCAGGCAGAGGCCGACAGCGCAGGCCAGGGCCUGGAGGACGCAGCCCCCCGCAGUCACAGUGCUGGCCUCGCUGCCGCAGGCGCCGGCGGGGACAGGGAUGGGGACGAGGAUGAGAACGCAGCCCCCGACUCUGCGCUGGACACGUCCCUGGACAGGUCCUUCUCUGAGGACGCAGUGACUGACUCGUCAGGGUCUGGCACCCUCCCCCGGGCCCAGGGCCGGACCUCGAAGGGGACAGGCAGGCGAAGGAGGAAGCGGCCCUGCAGGAGCCAGGAAGAGGUUGCCCCUGACUCUGAUGAUAGUAAAACAAAAAGGCUGUGUGUGAUCCAGUAAGGCCUCAGGCCCAGGCCCAAAGCCAAGUGAGUGGACCCACACAGCAGGGGCCACUGGACAUGCUGCUGCUGAGCGAGGCCCCUCCAGGGCCAGGCUAGGACCAGGCCCUGGGAAACCAAAAACUCCGUGCCUUACCCAGCCAGUGCUACCGCCUCCUGAGGCCUUUGAGGUGUUGUGGCUGGGACCCCCACGGGCACCGGGGCCUCAUCCACCCGGCGCCCUGCUACACUCCCUGCACGCCCCUGGCCCCUCAAGGCCUGCUUUCCAAACGCCGGUGUCAGACCCCGACCCCACACCGCAUGCACCACGGUGCCCACCCACCCUCUUGCAGGGGAACAGGGACAGGUGGCUGCGUCCCUGGGCAGCCCUGAGCUUGGACCCCGCUCUCCAGUGACCUGGUUCCCAGAUUCUUCUGGGGGCAGGCCCUCGUGGACCUCUCCCCGUGCAGCCCCGGGAGCCAGGCAGGCGGGGGCCCUUGCUCCACAGCUCUGCCCCCCACCCACUCAGCUGGGCUGCAGCAGAGUCGUUUUUACUGAAAUGUGAUUGUUUCUACUGUUCUGUGGUGGCCAAGCUGGGGUUAAACAGGUGGGUGAGGGGACCCCAGGGCCUCUGAAUUGAGGCAGGCUGUCUGGCCGUGAAUGGGAAGGCAAGGGUCUCUCUACUCAGCUGGGCAGGGGACUCCACAGAGUUGGCACCUGUCCCUGGAAGCCCUGAGGGUGGGAAGGUGUCUGCCCUGGCAGCCACAACCAAGCCUGCCCCCGCCACAGCCAGGACCUGGCCACCUUUCAACAGCACAGCCCGCACAGCAGCUGCCCCUCCUGCCUCCAGAGGGGGCCCUGCUGGGCUGAGGGGGGCGAGGAUCCAGGCCUGGGGACAGGAAGGACCCAGCCAGCGAGGCUGCCACCUCUCCCCAGUGACCCUGUGGGCAGCCUGUCCGUGCCUCCUGCACACACACCCCUCCAGGUGUGAGCUGCUGAGCCUGGAGGCUGGAGGGACUUCGGCCAAUAAAGAGCAGAGCUGGCCCAGCACGUGA